UGAGGAGAAACGCGGCCAUCGACCCAGCAACCACCAGUGACCCGUACGGUGGAGAUUCUCCCGUCGGGUCCCGUGGGGAGUAAACGGGGGCUUCUUCGAUCCGUCUCUUCCCCCUUACGAGAUCAGUUUUCUUCUUCCUCUCAUCCUCCUCUUCCAUCAAAGUCGUCGGUUUCGAGCACGGGGUACGAGCGGAUCACGAGGAUGGCGGGGAGGGAGAUCUUGCACAAGAUAAAAGUCAAAGCAGGGUUUGGUUCCUCAUCAGAAACUGGAAAGGGCAAGAGCAAGAUUGCUGGUAGGAGUAUUCGACAUGGCUAUCACUUGGUGAAAGGGAAAUCAAGUCAUCCAAUGGAGGACUAUCUGGUGGCAGAAUUUAAGAAAGUUAAUGAUUAUGAAUUGGGCUUGUUUGCAAUUUUUGAUGGCCACUUGGGUCAUGAUGUUGCAGACUAUCUGCGAUCUCAUCUUUUUGAGAACAUAUUGAAAGAACCGGAAUUUUGGAGUGAUAUAGAAAGUGCCAUCAGGAAAGCAUAUGAAAGCACUGACAGUAAAAUACUGGAAAAACAAGCUGAGUUAGGAAGAGGAGGUUCUACUGCAGUUACAGCUAUACUAAUAGAUGGUGUGAAGCUUGUGGUGGCUAAUAUUGGAGAUUCACGAGCUGUUAUUUCCAAAGAUGGUGUAGCCAUACAACUUUCUGUUGAUCAUGAGCCAAGCAGGGAGCGAUAUUUGAUCGAGGAAAAGGGUGGUUUUGUGUCAAACAUUCCUGGAGACGUGCCACGUGUGGAUGGAAGGCUGGCUGUGGCAAGAGCCUUUGGAGAUCGGAGCUUGAAGGAACACCUCAGUUCUGAUCCAGAUGUGGCUGAUGAAAUCAUUGAUGAAUAUGCAGAGUUUCUAAUCCUCGCAAGCGACGGAUUAUGGAAGGUGAUGUCAAACCAAGAGGCAGUGGAUUUCAUCAAAGAUGUCAAGGAUCCUCAAGCUGCAGCCAGGCUACUGACAGAGGCGGCUGUUGCAAGGAAGAGCAAAGAUGACAUCUCUUGUAUUGUAGUUAAGUUUAACUAGCUAAGAUGUUUCAGAACUAUCUACCACAACUGCACAUCACAAUAUGGGUUGUGAAAUGAAAUAUGUUGGUAUAAAUUAUGGGGUGCAGUCUCAAUAAGAUUGUAUUCUGUUUUGAUGCAUCCUCUGUGAAAAACUGUGUUGGUUAUGGGCAGUGUGAAAGCAAAUUCUACUUCCUUUUAUUGCUCAAAAAGUUGUAUCUUAAAUUGCUGUUCUUGCU